ACAGCGUCAGGGAGUCGUCCAGGCACGAGAGGCCAGAUGCGGUCCGCACCAGGUGGAAGUCUGUAUGGUCUCGGUGAAACAACACCCAAUAUUACUCAUAGUGGUUCUGGAGCACCAGCCGGAAUGAACGCUGCCCUUCAUACUCGUCAAGCAGCACAGGAAUUUUUGGAGAAACAAGUGGUAGCGCAAGUACCGAUUCCAGGUUUGCAGCAGCCGCAUUCACGCCCAGUGAUGGAGCCGGGUCUGGCAGGAUUGAGGAUAUCCUCAACCGUUCCACCUGGAUCGAGUAGUGGAACGCAACAACAUCAAUUUGCCUCUGGUGGAGCACAGGCAUCAUCAGGAGGAGGAGGCCAACUACACCUCAGUGGGAGUAGUCCACCUCCCAGACAAGGCCGUCACGCACCAAGAAACGCCGCACCGCUAGCUGGUGGCACUAUGGUAGGUCAAUCCGCAAGUGAACAAGCGGCUUACAGCGCCUACAUUCAGUCGUCACAGCACAGCGUGAGCAGUCCUGCAACGAUGUCGAUGCCAACGAAACAUGUAGCGCCGAAAUUAGAAGACGUUGUGCACAACGGUGUUGUUGGUUCGGCGUCCUUCGUAGGAUUACCUGGCAGACCGCAGUCCCCAGUACACGGUCAUCGGGUGAUCUCGAAUCGUAGUCCUUCACCAAAAGGCAGUCCAGGCCACUCGCCGUUGUCGUCUGCGAGAGCGAAGCAGGAGAAGCGACUCGAGGACUUGCGGCAUUUGAGAGACGCUGGCAGGUUGGAGGAAGCAGUUCAUGGACCAUCUCGAGGUGGAGGUGGAGGAGUGUCUAGUAGUGGAGGUCCUACUGCUGGAUCAGGAUCUUCUACUGAGCCUCAACCUGGAGACACAUCCGGACUGCGCAUCGACGGAGAAAACAAGGGCCGUGUCCGCGCACUUGAAAUACGUGCUAAAAGUGGAAAUGACAAACCUCAAAUGAACUUAUUCUAUCCUGAGGAUGGUCAUGGUGGAGUCGGGUCAACAUCUGCGUCUGGGGGGGGUUCUCACCUCCUUGGAGCAGGACCAAGUAGUAGACCCGGAGCACCGAGUGCAGGAGGUGGCGGAAACUCCCAACUAGAAAUCCGACUUCCGCCACUUGGUGCCAUGUUCGUCGAGGACGCUGCACCACUAGAUGGCGAGGUGCGCAAGUUGCAGCAACUAGAAAGGCCUUCUGGCGCUUUGCCAGGAGACAUAGUAGGAGGUUCAGGCAUGGGAGGACAACUGGGUGGAACCUUUGCUGGAGCAGCAAGCGGUCCCCCUCGUGAGAUGUUCAUAGACGCCUUGAACCAACCUCGAAAGGAGCAGCCACCAAGGCAGCUACUAGCAAGCUAUACGAAUGCAUCUACUCCAACUGCAGCUUCAGGAGGAACAACUGUGUCGAAGAGUGGCGUACCUCUUGCUGCACCUGCGAUUCUUAGAGGCCGAAAAGCAUCGCAUGGACGGGUUGGUAGCAGAGACGGAUCUGUUGGCGCUGCUGGAGACUUAUGGCACAAUCACAAAAUAUAUAGUUGAUACAUCAUAGCUACAAUUCAUCUAUCAUCUUGUUGCUCUUGCCACAUGCGUACUAAACUGGUAAACUCAAGAAGAUGAACUAGUAAGUACGACAACUUUGACUCAACACCGUCUGGUACCUCUAAAAAAAGCACAACCUCCCGCCGACAACAAUUUUUCCUCUUUCCGAGUCGUAGGCACUGGCGGUGCAAGCAGUCGAGCAGUGGAUGCAGCCUUAGAGAUUGCACGUG